UAUUUAUAAAGGUAAUUAAAACUACCCGAGUUACUAUAAUUUGCUAAUUAUAAAUAAUAGAGCGUCUAAUAAUUAUUAGAUGUUCUACUGGAAAGGACUUGGUAGGUGUUAUGCUCGAUGACAAAGUCAAACCAACCCUGGGUUACAAGGGCUGAGAUCGGCAAAGACUUUGUUAAGAUGAGCUGCAGAGCUAAAGCAGUCGUUAGUACGGUAUUCGAAGCCUUCUUCUUUCAAUCAAUCCAUCUUUUACAAGAAUGCCGCCCAACAAGUGAGUACCAAUCCAACAUUCAGAGAGAAGACCAAAACCCAAUGCCAGGAUACCAUAGGCCUAUCUCGAGCAUGCAUGGACUCCAAACUAUCAAGAGUAUCUUGCAGGAUCACCAAAACAAGAUAAGAGAUACGGUGUGGAAAGAUCAAAUCUUUUCAUGGGGAAAUCAGAAUGGAUUGACCUAAAUGAUGACACUAACCCUCCUCGAUCCAUAGAGCCUUCGGCUCCAUAGAGUGUUUUCGGCCAAAUUAGAUUUUUUUCUUUUUGGUGUAUGAAUUAUAAACAGUGUGCAAAACACCUUGAUGACUGUUUUUCAUUUUCGUCACAGAUGUUUGAAAUAGUAGACUUAUUAACCAUGAACUCCUUAUAAGGAACUCCAUCUGUAUUUUAUAGGUCAGAGGUCUAAUUGCAGUACCUCAAGUUCCACUUUUCUUCACAGUUUUCUUUAUCUGCUUAGUGCAUCACUAUGGUGGUCCCUCAACUUAUCCAUUUCUCUCAUCCCUUCUUUCCUUUAAUAACAAAAAUAUUUUUAUAAAGAUAUAUCUUAGUCAUUUAUUAAUAAAUAUUGAAAUACAAAUAAAAUAUUUCAAUAAUCGUCCUUCUAUUUCCUUUUAGGUACUUGGCCACUG